GUCAUGAACAAAGGAGGGCUAAACAUGGUUUACUUAGCUUUUCUCUUGUUUUUCAACUUGAUUUCAUGUUUUCCCUCUUCUUCACAUGCACAAAAUGCUAACCUUAACCUGCCAUUGAAGUCUGUAAACCUAGGCAACUGGCUUGUCACUGAAGGAUGGAUGCAACCUUCUCGUUUUGAUGGAAUAGUUAACAAAGAUCUUUUGGAUGGAACCCAAGUUCAAUUCCUCUCAACAAGGCUGAACAAGUAUCUGUGCGCUGAAAGUGGUGGUGGAACCAUCAUCGUAGCCAACCGUGCCUCGGCUUCCGGUUGGGAAACCUUCAGGUUAUGGAGGGUGAAUGCAUCAUACUUUAACUUUAGAGUGUUCUUCAAGCAAUUUGUGGGAUUAGGAAAUCAAGGUGUUGUACAAGCUGUUUUGAAUGGACCUACCAAUUCAGCUACAUUUGAGAUUGUAAGGAGAAAUGGUGAUCCCAAUAAAGUUCGCCUCAGAGCAUCUAACGGUUUGUUCCUACAGGCAUAAUCGGAGACAAGAGUAACUGCAGAUUGUAGAGGCUCUAGUUGGGACGAUUGGGAUCCAUCUGUGUUCAGAAUGACAAUUGUAACCACCUUACAAGGUGAAUAUCAAAUCACAAAUGGUUAUGGACCUGAUAGAGCCCCUCAAGUCAUGCAGGAUCAUUGGAAUUCUUACAUAACAGAACAAGAUUUCAAUUUCAUGUCUUCAAAUGGACUUGAUGCCGUGAGGGUACCUGUAGGGUGGUGGAUAGCACAGGAUCCAAAUCCCCCUAGGCCUUUUGUUGGAGGCUCUUCAAGAGCCCUCGACAAUGCUUUCACAUGGGCAGAGAAAUAUGGGAUGAAGGUCAUUAUUGAUUUACAUGCAGUUAAAGACUCCCAAAACGGUAAUGAUCACAGUGGGACGAGAGAUGGUUUUCAGGAAUGGGGAGAUUCCAACAUUGGUGAGACUGUGGCAGUCAUAGAGUACCUUGCAGCAAGAUACGGUGGAAGACUAGGCUUGGCUGCAAUUGAAUUGAUGAACGAGCCACUAGCACCUGGUGUAACUUUCGAUGCACUUGCGAAGUAUUAUAGAGCUGGAUACGAUGCCGUAAGGAAGCACACAUAUGCAUAUGUGAUCCUAUCAGCACGUUUAGGACCAGCUGAUCCACAGGAGUUCUUCUUGUUGGCUAGUAGCAUGAAUCGAGUAGUCAUCGAUGUGCAUAACUACAACCUGUUUUCAGAUAUGUUCAGCAGCAUGUCCGUGCAACAGAACAUCGAUUAUAUCUAUAAUCAACGAGCUUCUGAUCUCGGACGCUUGAUCUCGGCUAAUGGUCCCCGGGUUUUUAUCGGAGAAUUUGGUCGAAACGAUGCAUCAAUGGAUGAUUAUAAGAGAUUUGCGAGAGCUCAGCUAGAUGUAUAUGAUCCUGCAACAUUUGGAUGGGCAUAUUGGACUUAUAAAUGUGUGUACAACCAUUGGAGCCUCAAGUGGAUGAUUGAGAAUAACUAUAUAAACCUUAAUUGACCACUAUGAUGCUGUUUUCUUUUCUAAGAAAGAUUAGAAUAAGAUGUAACCUUUAGCAUUUAAAAAUGCUAAUUUAUAUUUUAUGCGUAUUUUAACUAAGUUUAUUUA